ACAGGUAAAUUAAUAAAAUAAAACAUUGAAGAAGGAAAUAAAUAGCUGUAAAAGUCGUGUAAAUAAUUUUAUAAAAAGCUAAUGAAUAGUAACUGGUAUUGAUAGAUUAAUUAUAUCCAACAAUGGCAAAUAAAAUGGAGGAAUUGAAACAUAAAUUUCUGGGUUUAAUAAACAAACAGCCACCCAGAAUACCAUCAAUGGGGUUUGAUGACACAAAUUAUCAUUUUUCAAAAAUGCCAACAUUAUCAAUUAACAGUAAAACAGCACAGGAUUCAGAUAGACCUGCAGAUCAGGAUAUUUUGGAGAGUAUCGAAGCUGCUUAUUUUUCAAUGUCUGAGGAUUUUGAUAUUUGUAGAUUCGAGCUAUCGAAACUACCUGAAACCCUUGAUUGUGAUGAAAUACAAAGAGAUUUCAAAAAUCUAAAACAGCAACAUUCCGUGGUUUCAAAGAAAGUUUUGCAAUUAAUUUUAGAGCAUCAAAACUCAUGUAAUGAUGAAUUUAAUACUAUACAGGAAAUUUUAGAACAAGUAAAAGAAACUUUAGAAAAAUGUAGAGAAAGCAGGAAACAAUUAAAUAUAUGUGGAAAACAGUUUUCAGCUAGUUUAGGUAUUUUAGCUAAUUAUAGAAAAAGAAAAAUAGCACAGGUUUUGUUGGGUAAUUUGCAUAUGAUUAAAAAUUUGCACAGUUUUGAUAAAAGGUGCCAGCAAUUGCUAAAUGAUGAAGAUUAUGCUGGAGCAAUAACCGAACUUAAAAGAUGUCAAAACAUUGCCAUUAAAUACAGGCAUUUUAGUUGUGUUGCAGCAUUAACAUAUAGAUUACAAGAGACUUUAGAAAAUACAGAUACUCAGCUUGACAGAAUCUUAGCUCAAAUGUGCUACCAUUUUGACAAUGAUAGAUAUACUAAACUGCAAGAAGCUUAUAAUUUGUUAGAAAAAUCUCAACUAUCAAUGAUUGACAAUAUUCAUGUGCAUUAUAUAACUGCCAUAUACAAUUCAUCACUUAAUAUUGUGAGUUCUUAUGCUACAUCAGAUGCUUUAGAUUUAGCUGAAAAUACUGGAAAGCAUCAAUAUACAGCAAUGUGCCAGUCUGUACAUCAAGAAAAUUUUAUACCAUGUUUGAUUCAGUUGUGUAAAAUACUUUUUAAAAUUGUAUUGAGUUAUCAUCAACUUAUUAAAUGGUACUGUAAUAAACAAAAUGAUGAAGAAAAUGAAGAUGGAUUAAACACUGAACUGAGUAUGUGUAAUCAAAAAUUAGAUUAUAAUGUAAUAAAAGUAUGGGACGAUGUGCAAAGAAAAGUGUCUAAUUUAUUGCUUAAUGCAGAUUUAGCCAAUUAUAAGUUUGAUCAGUUUCUGCAGGUUUUAAAAGUGGUUCAUCGUUUAAUACAAGUAGGUGAUGAAUUUUGUUCAAGUAAAUCUGAGGAUUUGCAAGAAUCAAUACGAAAACAAAGUAUUAAUUACUUCAAAAAAUAUCAUUUACAAAGAUUAGAUGAAUUAAAAAUUUUUCUAGAAAAUGAAAUUUGGGAAUUAUGUCCUGUCAAAUCAUCUUUUAGUAUACUGCAACUUCAGGAGUUUAAAUCAGUAAGGUCAAUUCUAAAAAAUUAUAAGAACAGCAUACAAAUGAGCCCCACAAUAGCAGUUUAUUCGACAACAUCAACUGAAUGUUCUUCUUCGCAUUCACAGGAUGAUAGUAGUAUAAUUGGUAAUUAUUUCAUUCGUUAUGCCGAUCGUGGUACUCCAUUUGAAACUGGAUUAGAUGAAACUAUAAUAGAUGAGGAUAUUUUAGCUGUUGAGAAUGAAAAAUCUCACUAUAUAUCAGAUGAAAGUGAUGAGGAACCAGAAGAAUUAAAAAAAGAUUUUGUUGAUGAGGAUAAUUCAAAGCAAAGCAAUGUAAAUAAAAAACAUGAUAAACAUUACCAGAAUUCCCCAGUUUUAACAAAUACCACACUUUCUGUUAUAAGACAAAUGGGCAAAUAUAUCCAAAUGUCAAGACUACUAAAAACUAUAGCAUAUCAGAUUAUAACAUCUAUGAAUCAACUGUUUGAUUUUUAUCUCUAUUCAGUUCAUUUAUUUUUUGCCUCAGACCUAACAGUAUCAGGUCACAGCCUUUACACUGAGGAAUUAUCGUUAACAAUAAGGAAGAUUAAAGACAACUUGAUCUUGGAAAUGCCCAAUCAAAAUUUGGAAAUAAAUUUACCCGAAGAUAAAAUUAUGGAGCCCCACUUAUCAUUAAUGGUCGACUUAAAACAAUCAGAAACUCUUUAUGGCCUAGCUGAAAGAAUAAUAGCUGUGGAAAGUCUAAUAUUUUUAUCAAGACAGUAUGAAUUUUUACAAGAUUAUUUGGAAUAUUUAGUACCACAAACUAAUAAAAUAAUGUUACAACAGUUUUUUGCUCAAAAUAUAACUAGUGCUAUACAUUUAAGACGUCCAGUAUACAUGGCAGUAGUCGCACAAAUAUUUGAUUUGCGUCAAAUUCUGGUAUCGAUGUCUAAAAUUAAUUGGGAAGUUAAAGAUGUAAUGUCACAACAUAAUUCCUAUAUUGAUAUGAUUCUAAGAGAAGUGCAGAUAUUCAGGGUAAGACUGGAUGAAGUAGUACAUAGAGUGCCUAUUUCUAAUGAGGUUUUAAAAGUUUUAUGGGAGAAUAUUGCCCACAUUGUUACUCAUACCUUAGUGCAAGGAUUUUCUGAGGCUAAGAAAUGUACAAAUGGGGGCAGAGCAUUAAUGCAACUUGAUUUUACACAAUUCUUAACAAAGUUUGAAAAAAUAUCCUCUUUAAGACCUGUGCCUCAUAAAGAAUAUGUAGAAAAUUAUGUAAAAGCUUAUUAUCUGCCUGAUAGUGAAUUAGAGAUAUGGGUCAGGGAACACAAGGAGUAUUCCGCUAAACAUUUAUAUGGCCUUGUAAGCUGUGCAUGUCAAAAUAACAAAAAAUCACGUCAAAGGCUUCUACAAGUUGUUGAGGAAAUGGAAAAAAAUAUAUUUAGUAGAUAGCAUACUGAAAUAUGUUAUUGAAUAGUACCUACUCGGUGGUGUUUCUAUGUGAUAUUUUAAUUUUCUUAAAACUAAUUGUAUAAUAUUAAAUAAGAUUAUUAGCACCAAAUGACAUAUGGAUGGAAAAAUGUACGUUAUUACCCUUUGUUUCUCUAAGGAAUCUAAGUUUAUUUAUCUAUUUUGUUGACUGAUUUUGUUACUACUUAUUUCUAUUUUACUUAUAUACGCAUAUAUUUACAAAUAUUGAAAACAGUGUAAUUAAUGUUAAAUGUUUAAGUAUCAAUACUAUUUUUUUUAUUAGGUACAUAUUUUAGUUACAUAAUGUUUGAAUAUGCCUCAAAUCUGUGUUUUAACUCUGAGUUCUUAAAUAAUAAGUAAUAUUAAAAUCUAUAAAUGCAUAAAGUUCAGUAAUAAAUUAAUAUUCUAAAGUUUAA